GCAUCAUAAAAGGCGGAGGAGCACAGCGCGGAAGCGUGAUGAUGAUGUCACUCGCAGACUGAUUUCUCAAUCAGAAAGUAAAGUCGAAGCAGAGGCUGUGUUUUUAGCACAACACAAUGAACCGUCAGAUAGAUGAUGUGAUGGGUCUCUGCUGUAGGGUUUCAGAAAGCAGACAGAUUAAAGCGGCUCUUCAAAACUCCAGCAAAGGGGCUGCUGCCGCCGGCGGAGGGGCUUUUGUAGGUGGACUACUCGGAGGUCCACCCGGUAUAUUUAUUGGCGGUGCUUUGGGAGGUGCGUUUGGAUGGUGGAUGACUAGUGGCAAAUUCCAUCCUCUUCAUCAGAUCAUCAUGGAGAUGUCUCCCCAACAGAAGAAUAAGCUGUACUCUGAGGUCAUGGUCGUGCUGGGCAAUCUGGAUUGGGUUGACAUGGCACAACUCAUUUUUCUAGUAAUGGGUAACUCCUCUCUACAGAUGCGAGUGCUUACUACUUUGAUCUCUUUUGCAACAAAAGAGCUUGGAGCCAAAAUAGAAUAUGCACAAAAAUAGUGGAUUAUUGACAGCUGUUUAGUCUACGAUUGACUUGGUAACACAUUAGUUUAGCUCAUAAUUCAUGCUAUUAACUACUGGCUUAUUACCUAUCAUUAAGAUAUUAACAUAAUUCAUUAGUAGUUCAUCCCUAAUCCUAACCAAAAGCUAAACCCAACUUCUAGCUUACUAACUAUUAAUAAACAGCUAAUUAGUAGUUUAUUAAGCUAGGAGUGCAUGGUUUGUUAAUACAAUGAAUUGUGACUUAAAUUAAAGUGUUACCUUUGACUUUAUGAAGAGCUUUGUUGGUUGUUUCUUUAGUAUCAUGCUGUAAUAAUAUGUGUAUUGUAAGUGUCAUGGUCUAUUCCUUUUCAUUUUAAAAGUUUUAUAUGAUAAUUUGAGGGUGACGCAGUGGUGUAGUAGAUAGUGCUGUCGCCUCACAGCAAGAAGGUCGCUGGUUCAAGUCUCGGCUGGGUCAGUUGGUGUUUCUGUGUGGAGUUUGCAUGUUCUCCCUGUGUUCGCGUGGGUUUCCUCUGGGUGCUCCGGUUUCCCCCACAGUCCAAAUACAUGCGGGACAGGUGAAUUGGGUAAGCUAAAUUGUCUGUAGUGUAUGAGUGUGAAUGAGUGUGUGUGGAUGUUUCCCAGAGAUCGGUUGCGGCUGGAAGGACAUCAGCUGCGUAAAUAUAUGCUGGAUAAGUUGGCGGUUCAUUCUGCUGUGGCGACCCCUGAUUAAUAAAGGGACUAAGCCGAAAAGAAAAUAAAUGAAUGAAUGAUCAUUUGAAUUUAAAAAAUUUAGCAUGUUUAAGCUUCUGAUUAAGUAAUUGUUUAUCAUUUCUAAAACAUAUGAUUUCAAAAGCACAUGACGAGCCAUUUCAGUGCAGUUUAAAGGACAAAAAAGAAAAACAAAUUCUGUCAUUAGUCACCAUGACGUUAUUCCAAACCUGUAGGACUUGUUUUGUUCUAUGGAACAUAAAUAAAAAAUGAACGUCAGUUUUGUUUACACUUGCACAUGCACUGUGUGGAUUUAAAUGACAUUUCUCAAAAUACAAUCUCUGCAAAAGAGAAAUGAGAAAAUAAUGACAGAAUUUUUAUUUUAGGUAAACUGUCCUUCUUACUAGUUAUCUAAAAUAAAUAAAAUAAAUAAAUAAAUAUAUUUAAUAAUUUAUUGAAUUUGCUAAAUUAUACUUUCUAAAAAUGCAGAACAUGACCAGAAUCAGUCAGAUAUAAAUGUUCAUUAU